AUGGCAUUUGCACCUCCCAAAAACAUGGAUGGCCCCAAACUGCAAACCAAGAUGAGCACCUGGACACCUCUGAACCAUCAGCUUAUGAAUGACAAGGUAUUUGAAGAAAGAAGAGCCUUGCUUGGAAAAUGGUUUGACAAGUGGACAGAUGGUCAGAGGCGAAGGAUCCUGAUAGAUUUGUUGGAACGCUGCUCCCUGGCGCAGCAGAAAUUCUGUUCUAAGCAGUUGCAGGAACGAGUUCCAGUUGAAGCCCUGGAUUUCAGCACAAAGCUUCCCAGAGUGUUGUCUUUAUACAUUUUUUCUUUCCUGGACCCCAGGAGUCUCUGUCGAUGUGCACAGGUGAGCUGGCACUGGAAGUACUUGACGGAGCUGGAUCAGCUCUGGAUGCUUAAGUGCCUGCGUUUUGGCUGGUACAUCAACUUCUCUCCGACCCCCUUUGAGCAGGGAAUCUGGAAGAAACACUACAUUGAGAUGGUGAAGGAGCUUCAUGUGACAAGGCCCAAGACCCCUCCGAAAGAUGAAUUUGUGGUCAUCGAUGUCCAACCAAUAGCAAGAGAUGUCCCAGAGACAAAACUAUCCCUUUCCUCGGUUCUCCAAUCAGCAUCUGUGAUAGGAAAGAGGACAGACAAGGAGAAAAAAGAGCUCCCACCAUGGCGGUCCUCGGAUAAACAUCCCACUGACAUUGUCCGAUUCAACUACCUAGACAACUACGAUCCGAUCGAGCAAGUGAGGCAGGCUAGAAAGAAAGGAGGAGGACUUACCCCAGACCUCAGCCGGCAAGCAGUUGAGAAAAAAAGGAAACCGAGCUGUGCAUCUUAUAAGCUUCGGAAAGCAAAAUCACUGCUGUCCCUUUCUGCAGACCUUGGCUCUAGCCCAAAAGGACCAGUUCGCCCAAGUUGGGCUACUCACCAAUCAACAGGGUACCCUGUUACCAAAGCAACAGCUAAGAUCCUAGCUCAAAGUGCCCAGUGGAAUGCUGGGAUACGACCAACCCCUGUUCGAGCUCCAGUACCAAAGCUGAGUGAAAGAGGGAAGAAGGCCUUUGCAAGGAUGAGCAGAAGUUCUCCAUCAUCCCCACUGUUCGAAGCUCAGCCCUGGCAAAUUCCUCCAUCGGACCAUGGAUCUGACGCAGAGUGA